CCACUACAAGUCUCUUGUUUACUACGCUAUAUUUUGGUCAAAUCUGUCUCUUUUCUCUUUCAUUCUGCUUGUUUGUUGCUUGCUUGAAUGUUGCAGUAAUAAAAUUAUCAGCAGAAGAACAAAAAUGGAUCCCGAAACCAUGGCCCAAGGCGAGGCUGAAUCGUCUUUACAGUUAGACCAACAACAUAAAAACCAUCCAUUUUCUUCGCUGGGAAGACAGUCGUCUAUUUACUCACUAACGCUGGAUGAGUUUCAGCAUACACUUUGUGAGAGCGGCAAGAACUUCGGCUCCAUGAAUAUGGACGAAUUUCUCACCAGCUUCUGGAACGCCGAAGAAAACCAAGCCAUCAACUCCACCAUUAAUACUAUAAACGACAAUGUCAUCAACAACCAGAUCCAGCUAUCUUUAAUUGAAGCGUCGAGCCAUAAAGAUUUAGCCAGGCAGCCGAGCUUGACCAGACAAGGAUCCCUCACUCUUCCGGCUCCCUUGUGCCGAAAAACUGUGGAGGAAGUUUGGUCGGAGAUACACAGAGACCAGCACGGGCAGCAGCGUGAUAACACUAAUAGUAGUAAUGUACAUAAUCCUGAGGUUGCUCCUCGGCAACCAACUUUUGGGGGGAUGACAUUGGAGGAUUUCUUGGUUAAAGCAGGGGUAGUGAGGGAAACGACGUCACAUCAUGAUCUUCAUCACCAGCGGCAACAUUUUGGGUCAUAUCAAACGAAUAACAACCCAGUGAUGAGUCCUGCAAGUUUUGGCGCAGUGGCACUAGUGGGAAUGAAUGCUAUCAGUGGAGAAGGAGCCAACACUGGAAGCGUUGGUACUUCUUAUCAGCCGAUGAGUACAGGUCGAGGAUUGAUAGCGGAGGCAGCAAUGCAUACUGAAAAUGAAAAGAGAAAUAGUGGGUACCCAGCAGUGGCUCAGUAGCAGCAGCGGCGGCGGCAGCCACCGCCGCCGCCUCCACAACAACGGGUUUGCUAUGUAGGAAGAGAAGGUGGGUUUGCCUCGGGGCAGACGGUUGGGGCAGUGAGUCCAGUGUCAUCGGAAGCGUGUGGGAAUCAAAUGGAUAGUUCAGGGAGUCAAUUUGGAAUGGAAAUGGGUGGUGGGUUAAGAGGAAAAAAGAGAAUUAUAGACGGACCAGCGGAGAAAGUGAUUGAGAGAAGGCAACGGAGGAUGAUAAAGAAUAGAGAGUCAGCCGCACGGUCGAGAGCUAGAAAGCAGGCGUACACGGUUGAACUAGAAGCAGAAUUGAACCAAUUAAAAGAAGAGAAUGCUCAUCUCAAGCGGGCCCUGGUAAUAUUUCAUGUACAAUAAUCUCAUUUAUUUGAGGAAUUAAAACUGAAAACAUAUACCAAGGGCCAAAACACUAAAGAGAAAUUGAGAACAAUGAGGAGGAACAUGAGUUGCCCCUUUUAGAGCAAGGAGAAGGUGAGAAAUGCUGAAUAAUUUCUGCAGCUUCUUGUUGAAUUUGGAAGCUCUUGCAAAGCUCUAAACAAAAGCUUGGGAGAGUUUAAAGCUGUUUGUAGCAGUGCCUUUUUAUUUUUUAAAUUAUAAAUAGAUAAUAGCAGUAAGGAAGUUAAGGAUGAUGAGAAGAAGUCUUGUCACAAGAAAGGAAGAAAUCGGACAGAUUAAAUAUUCCAAUUGUAGAAAUGCUCAUACUACACAGCUUUGUGUGCCCAUAAAGCUGCAGUGUCUAUGUUUGUUUUAAUAAAAUUUCUCUGAGGAAAUUGCU